AUUUGUUUCAUAAUUGUAUUUUGAAACACUUUUAACUUGUUUGAACUUUUAACAGGAUGUUAAAAGAAGAGAUUUUGAUUCACCCCAGUGACUCGAAUCUUUUGAAUCAUAUUCAACAAAACGAUUCUUUCAGUGCUCAUUUUGCAAGUAUGAAAAAUGAAUCUUUUGUGUUAUGAACAAUUCAAUGAAUCAUUUACUCGAUUCGUUAAAACACCGAGUAGAUAAAAAUGUCUUUCAACAACACCACUACUAUGGACCUGACCAAUGCUAAAAUGCGAGCCUUCUUUAAAUAACUGGUGAACAAUUUAUAUUGUGUGUCCUGCUGUCAACAAAGUAUUAUUUUGAAUUAUAUGUGUCCAUAGAAAGGGGCGCAAUGAUUGCCUCAGAAAUGCUCAUUUCGGCCGCACAGAAGUUAUUGUGUCCUCGAAAGAAACGUUUAUCUCCGUCUACAUGUCUUGAUGUGACUGUUCAAAUAAUGGCUGUGGAUCUGGGCAUCAAACCAGCGCUGUUGUACGACAGUAAUGCAGCAUCUCCAGAACAGCUUCACCUGUACCUCAGUUCACUACAGGAGUCUGGAGUUGUAACCAGUCCACUACGGAUACUGUCCAUUGAUGACAACACAUUCAUUUUUAACCCUGCCACUGUUCAGUCCCACCUGGAUGAACUGCUCCAAAGCAAAAGUCUCCUUCUGAUUGAUGUAUGUCCCUCAAGAAAACAACCUGUCUUGGCUGGCUUGGAAAAGAGAACUGAAGAUAUGAUCAGAAGUCUUUCAGGAUUCUUCAUGAAUGAGCUGGACGAAGGCUCCUCAGUGAUUAUGUUGGGAGAGGAGUUGUAUAAUGACUGGAACUUGUGUACUCUCUUUGGAAUCUUGUUAGGUUAUCCAGCCUCCUACUGGUUUGACCAAACUAAGGGAUUUGGGAACUGUCUGUGUAUGACACCACUGGUGGUGUGCACUGUUUGGGUCACGUGGCAAAUACAUGACAUAAAUCAUCGCUGUUGUCUUUAUUCAUUUAGUGUUCCUGAGGAGCUGUGGUCAGAAGUACAAAGUCAUAUGCAACGAUGGACGGAGCAUUUGAGAGAGAGAUUUAACAAACAGACAGUUCUGACUGAUCUCUGCUUUUCUAGGGAUGCGGUCACUUUGCCCUCUGUGACCCUUUGAAUAAACUUGAUUUAUGUUUCUUUUUAGUAUUGUUAUUUUGUCAUUGUUACAAUUGUAAAUAUGUAUUUUCUCAGAAACACAUUACAUUAAUGGUUUAUUCGUUUAAUUUCUUUUUCCACGCACCACAUAUUUUCAGUAUCAUUUAUGCAUUUCAUAGAUUUGGUACCAAACAACAUAUAAUAAUGUGUGCAUAGUGUUGAAAACAAUAAAACAAGGCAGUGGAUCUCAA